UUUAUCUUUGUCAAAAUAAAAAACGGGCGUUCAUGUUACACUAUUUACACGCACCAAAAAAACCCAUCUUUCUGCCUUCUCCCUUCAUCAAAUUAUAAGAACCCAACACAACAACACUCCCUGCCACAAUUUAACCGACUCAUUUCACUCCUUCCCGGCGGCGCCUCCUCCACCUCCUGCUUACCCGCCGCCUCUCUCUCUCUCUCUCGUUUGUCUGUCAAGACUCGGGAGAAAAAGGGGAAGGCAAAGUUAGAGGCGAAAGCCGAAACCAUGGGGAGAAAGCUGGACGCAAUUCUGGGCAGGAACAACUUCAAGUCCUACAAGUUCAAAGCACUCGCCAACCUCGCCGUCUCCCGCCUCGCCAUCUUCAAGAACCAGCGCCAGGUCAAGCUCAACCACGCUCACUCCGACGUCGUCGACCUCCUCCGCCUCCGUCACCACGACCGCGCCCUCCUCCGCGUCGAGCAUGUCAUCAAGGAGCAGGGCAUGCUGGAAGUCUAUGCAAUGAUGGAGGGUUACUGUAACCUUCUCGUCGAGCGGCUUCAUCUCAUCGAACAACAAAGGGUGUGCCCCGAUGAACUGAAGGAGGCGAUAUCGAGCUUGCUCUUUGCAUCUUCCAGGUGCGGCGAUUUCCCUGAGCUUCAAGAGAUUCGUCUUCUGUUCACCUCUCGCUACGGGAAGGAGUUCGCUGCUCGCGCUGUUGAAUUGCGCAACAAUUGUGGUGUUAGCUACAGGAUGAUACAGAAGAUGUCUACUAGGCAGCCAGACAGGGAGACCAGAAUCAAGGUGCUGAGAGAGAUUGCAGCAGAGAACAAUAUCGUCUUGGAGGAACUAGAUCAACCACCUUUAACAUCUCAGGCAGAACCCUAUGCCGUGAGCAGUAAGCAAGGCGAGGAAGGAGAGACAUUGGCGGCAGCAGCAGCAGCUGGGGCUAAUAACGCGAGCAGCAUAGCAGCAGAAGAGAUUGGGAGAGAUGGUCUUGCUGAUUCGAUUCCAGUGAACGGGAAGUACAAAGAUGUGGCUGGCGCAGCUCAGGCAGCCUUUGAGUCAGCUGUUUAUGCGGCAGAAGCAGCAAGAGCUGCAGUUGAACUCUCUCGAUCCGAUGAUCGAGGUCACCCUGACAACCAUGAUAAGAGAAGGGAAGUGAUGAUGAGCCAAGAUGAGGAAAUGAAAGACUCUGAACCUGAACCUGAAGAUGAGGAAACAGUCUAUUAUGUUGAAAGCACAGCUGCUGCUUCAGAAUCGAAGUCGUCUUCUUCGAGUCUGGAUCCUGAGAAUCUAGCCAGGAGGUUGGACAAGAAGAUUCAGUUUGAUGAUGAAAGUGACGAUGAGGAGGAGACUGAAGAGCGGAUCAUGAAUGCCGACGAUCCUGACAAGGUUGAAGGUCACGAGGCACCACCACGUGCCAAGUCCAGUGAGAAUAUUAUCCCCUCUGUUAUUCAAGCUGGGUUGAAGGUGGAAUCAGUAGAUGUAUACCCUAAUGCACAACAACCAGCUUCAAGGGAAUCAAGAACUACGAGGGCCUUGAACAUACUCAAGGCACCGUUUUCUGUGAGGACCAGGAACGUUCGUGGAUACUGAGAACCUUACUCGUCGGAAGUACAAAAUUUUGCAGGUUGCUCCGAAUAAUUGAAGUGUUGAUUUGUGCACAGUUCAGUAGCUUUUUGAUGUUUUUUGUUUGUUCGACUCUUUGUUCAUAAAGCUUUGUUCAUUUCGAGUCGUUGUAAGUAUAAUGUACCAGGUUGGUAGGGAAAGGAUAAUGAAAAAUGCAGGAAAGAUCAUGCCAGAGAAUCGACAUUCCA